GUGCACAGGCGCGCGCGCUCCGUCUCCUCGUACACUUUCUCUCCGGACCUGCGAGGCUCGAGCGACCCGUGACAACUUUCAUUUAACUGCGCCUUUUUUCCAUUUACAUUAUUAUUUUUUUCUUUACUUUCACUCAUUUCUCAUUAUUAUCAUUAUUAUAUUGUUAUCGUUUUCAGUCCGCCGUUACCGUACCGGAGCUCGCGCACUUCUCUCCUAUACGGAAUACCUUGUGCUGGUUUUGCGCGCGCGCUCCUCUCUCUCUCUCUGAGUGUGUGUGUGUGCGGUGCAUUUGGGAUCGUUACCCCCUGGCCGUGUUCUUCUCCCAUGCUGAAGUGACCGGAGGAUUAAGUUGAUGGUUCAGCACAUCUCCACACGGGAUAAUGUACCUGUCCUCUUCCUGUCUGCACGCUACAGGCCCGACGGAGACAGCUGAAACACACUCGGCUUUACUUUAACUCCUGUUAUUUCCUCAUCCCCUUGUUUGUGAAUGAGAAACUGAGCUUUGGGUCAGUGCGCGAGGCGCAGCGCCGGGAUGCUCCACCCGUAACGGGCUUUACUGUCGCACCUGGAGGCAGGAUAUCAGGAGCUGGGAUUGUCGUCUACACUCCUCAGGGGAGCUGCUUUUAUUCUGCUGAUAUUUCUCUGUUGUUUUCACUAUUGUGAGACGGAUUUAGAGGUCAUGGGGGAGUCUCUGUGGACCUACUACUUUGGGGUGUUGGUGCUCGCGUGCAAGGUGAACGCCACCGUGCUGGAGUCCAUCUACUGGAACACGACUAACACCAAGUUUGUUCAAGGCCAGGGUUUGGUCCUGUAUCCUCAGAUCGGUGAUAAAAUGGACAUUGUGUGCCCACGGGUGGAGGGCGGCUCCAUGGAUGGAGUCGAGUACUACAAACUCUACAUGGUUCCUCGCGAGCAGUUGGACUCGUGCACGGUGACGAAGGCCGACACGCCGCUGCUGAACUGCGUGAAACCCGACCAGGACGUCAAAUUCACUCUCAAGUUCCAGGAGUUCAGUCCUAAUCUCUGGGGCUUGGAGUUCUUCAGAGGAAAAGACUACUACAUCAUCUCGACGUCGAACGGAACGAUGGAGGGCCUGGAGAACCAGGAAGGAGGAGUAUGUAAAACGAAGUCCAUGAAAAUCGUCAUGAAGGUCGGACAAAACCCAUCAGACCCUCUUCCUCCCAAAGAGUAUCCCACCAAACAUCCGCCCAAAUACACCGACACGGGCAAGGACAAAUCCAACGAAGUGCUUGACAAACCAGGUACGUCUCAUCACGAGGGUGAGACGGUCGACGGAGGCAGCGGAGGUAAAUCGUCAUCGGUGAUCGGCUCCGAGGUGGCUCUGUUCGCCGGCGUGGCCUCGGCCUGCGUGAUCGCCGUGGCCGUCGUGGUCAUGCUGGUCGUGCUGCUGCUCAAACACCGGCGACGCCACGGCAAGCACUCACCCCCUCACACCACCACGCUGUCGCUCGGCUCCCUGGCCACGCCCAAAAGAGGUGGCGGAAACAACAACGGCUCCGAGCCCAGCGACAUCAUCAUCCCGCUGAGGACGGCCGACAGCGUCUUCUGCCCGCACUACGAGAAAGUGAGCGGCGAUUACGGCCACCCCGUCUACAUCGUACAGGAGAUGCCUCCUCAGAGCCCCGCUAACAUCUACUACAAGGUGUGAGAGACUGAGGACUGAACUUUAAACUUUGACCCUGUUGCCCCCUCAAUGAAUCAGCCCCUCCCUAUAGAGGUGGCGGUUGACGAAGCUCGCUCUGCGCCUCUUCUCGUGGCUGUCGUAAAAAAAAAAAAGUUUUUUUUUGUUUUGUUUUUUUUUAUUUUACAAAUAUUCCUUAUUAUUCUUCAGUGUAGAGAUUUUAAGCGGUGGAGUGAGGCUGCUGCUUUCAAACCCCUCACGAUUAGUAACAAAAAAGAAACAUGUGCACUAAUUGAUGUGUGUUUGUGAGGCAGGGGUGUGUUUGGGGCCCGUUGUUUAAAAGCAGUGAGGGGAUCAGGGUGACUCUCCUUAUGAGGAGAAGGACAAAAUGAGAGCGACAGAAUGAAGUGACUCAAGUGAAAAAAAUAAAUAAAUAAUAAGGAACCAAGGAACCCUGACUGCAAACUUGUGCCUGUCGGGGGGAAAUUCCUCGGUUCAUUUGGUCACAGAUACCGGAAGUGGACUUUUAAGGAAACAGGACUCAUAAUGCAGGACUUUGCUGUCUGUCAGACCUGAACACGGACAUCACCUGUUUCGCUCGCCUUCUUGGUCACCGUUUUUUUUUUCCUCGAUCGUUUUCACUCUCCCUUCAUCUCCAAACCUUCUUUUUAUCUCCUGCAAAGUGACUCACACAAUCGUUACUUGAAGGCUUUGCGUACGGUCGCGUGUCUUACCCGCAUUUCUCUUCGUCAUUCCCGGUUCGGCUCACCUGCGGAUUCGUUUGAUAGUUCUAGGUAUUGUCAUAGAGAUCCUAUUGUGCUGGUUAAUUCGUGCUGUUUAUACGUCGUGUGGGACACACACACACACACACACACACACACACACACACACACACACACACACACACACACAGAUAUACACAGACACACACAUUUCACUCAAGUUUGAAGCCAAGGGCUAGAGAGAGCAGAAGAAAGAAAGAAAGAUGUGAACACUUUAACAGCACUUUUAAAGACACAAAAAAAAUCACCUGGCCCAUAUGACACACACACACACACACACACACACACACACACACACAGGAUAGUGAGUGAAAUGGUGGCAUCGACAGCGCUUGUCCAGCUGCCAUUAUCACGCUUACGGAUAUUUUUCACUAAACCAUUUCCGAUGAACCGGUGCUGACAUACUCAUGCAAAAGCACAGGGUCAUCUGACACAUUGCUAUUAGCAUAAUGAUUAUUAUUAUUAUUAUUAUUAUUAUUAUUUACUUUUUUUUUAAAUGAAAACAAAAGACUUAAUUAACAUUUUGUUUUGUUGAUGAUUUCGGUUAGUCGUACAUUAAAACAGAGAGAGAGAAAAAAAUCAGGCGAAAGCAAACAGAAAGACGUAGAAAAGAACUUAUUUAUGAUACACAGAGCACACAAACGGCCAGGCAAGAUAUUAAUAAGUUAGCGAGCAGGCACAUUAUGCAAAACGUAGACCUUUUCCCAUUUAAAACGAAACAUUUCUCACCCCAUUCACACCGAAUUCGCGAUUAAUCCGAACACAAAUAGUUGCCUUUUUGAACCACAUACACUACACAUACGCAUAUGGCCAGGAAAGGGGCAGCUUGGGAAAGAAAGCUGGAGAGAAAAAAACAGCAUGUUGGGUUUAAAAUAGCUAAAAGGAAUGAGAAGGAAGGGCCAAAAAAGAGUCUGGAGGAAAGGCGAGUCUGGCAGAAUCUUGCUUAGCGAGGAUAAAAUAAACCGGCUCCUCUAGCUUGGCUGUCUUGUUUGAUGAAGCUCAGAGAGCAUUGGGUUGAAAUUAGGCCUCUCAAGUGGGAAGGAGGGCAGCGGACAAGAGUUAGGAAGCCAGCCAGGCGGGAAUUAGCUCAGGCUAAAAUUGUAAAUCAUAAAAAAAAAAAAAAAGAAAAGAAAAGGGGGGCAACUUUGGUGCUACUCCCGAGGCAAAGAAAUGUUGACAUUAAACACAAAGAGAACUGCUGGCAGGCGAGGAAGUAGCUGCACCCAUGGGAGCGACCGGGUGCAUUCCCACAAUCCUCUCCUUCCUCGUCCCUCAGCUCUCACGAGAAACCCCCUCUGGUCAGCGUAACGGUGUGUGAGGUUGUCAACCUUUCUAUCGAACUACUCGUGUAUUUCCCUCAUCGACACUCUCUUCACACAAAAACGAGAAGGUUCACCUGCGGUGGACUUUCGAGAUUUUCGAAAAACACGAGCAGAAAUUCGGCCGUGGGUCGCCACGGUCACGUAUUAACCGUUCACAUUUUUCAUUUCCAUCUGUUUCACGGAGAUCGUCGAAUCUCGCCAAGAAGCCAAGCCUUGUGGGAUCUGAGGUUUGUGCCUCUGUAAGAGGCCACAAAAUAAGCAAAUAUGCAAUUUUUAUUUAUUUUUGUAACAAUUGAGAGACAAAAUGAAAUGCUUACACCUAUGGAAAAGUGUUCUUAUCCACUGAAAUGAGUGAAAUUAAACAAAAAAAAAAAACAAUACAACCUAAAGAAAACGACACAA